AUGGCUCGCUUCGACGCGCCGUGUCCGGGCAAUGAGAACACAAAAAACACCCAAUGGUCUGAGGCCGCUCCUCCUGGCAUGCGCAGCCCCGAUCACCUCUGGGGAGAAUACUGGCACCGAUUCAAUACGUUUCGCAUUCCAUUGUUUGAUAAGGAAGACUAUUUUAGGAUCGCUAUGACAAUCGCAAAAGAUUCCAGAAGUAUACAAGAAUUUGAUCGGAAAUUUGAGGAACACAACAAACGACGACAUAAAGAGUUACGGUCUAUGCUUAAAAAUAUGUACUGGGAUCUUGAAGAGACUCUCCCAACCCGCGCUGUUCAUAGUGCAGCUUCUGAUGCGCAAAAUCUCGGCUGCCUUGAACACCUUGUCAGAUUGUUAAAUGGCUAUAUCCUCGACCGGAAAGCAGAAAUGGAAUCUGCGAAAAUCGUCGUGGAGAAACAGAAUCAUGCAGAAGAAAAUUCUUUCCAACAAGAAAGAGGAUUAGUAUUCGUCCAAGAUGAGACAGAGACGCUAAUCAGGGAAAUAAGCCAAAGUCCCUCUGCCGACCCGAAAUAUGAAGAAUAUCUCCGUACUGGAAGGAUGCCUGAUGCGUGGUGCUCUCAGCCUCCUCAAGAUAUCGACUGGGGGUAUUGGCACGACAAGGAGUACAAGGCUAGGCAAGUGCGCCAUGGGGAGAGUGAUUUUUUCACUAGGACAAAUAUCGAGUCUUUGGCAGGUGCAUCCGACGAUGCCGCUUUACAUGCCCUGAAUUCCGAUGACGAUGUUCCUUCAAUACAGCGAGUCCCAUCACUCGUAUCAAACGACUCACGGGACCUGGAGGAGGGCAAUGAGACUGCGACACAUGAUGGGCAGAGAAGGCGGUCGAGCAUCUCGUCUAAAAGCAGCAGUACGAAUUCGGCUAAGAAGAGGGUCCGAUUUGACGACGAUGAAGAUGUCAACAUUCAUGAGCCUAAACGUCGAAAACUAGAGAAUACUCUCGCGCAUGCCGAAACCGCCCCGAUCUCUCCGACUACUCGCACCUCUUUUAUACAAGCUGCCAAUGGGAGUGCAUCAAGGAAAAGAUCUAGGGCUGACGAUGACGAAGACGAUAAUGGAUUUAAGCGCCAGAAAAUAGAGAGUCUGUCACACCCACCGUCAUCUGUUUCGACAGACCAUAUAGCUGGGGGGGACUCGGAAAAGGUUCUGGAAGAGCAAGUUCCGGAGAAUAAUGACGGUGGACGAAAACGGCGAAAACAAAAAUCCAAAUCACCAACGUCACGCGCAAUCUCUUCUCGAAACAAUCUGAAUACCAGGUCUUCGAGGAGAGCCAAAUCGUCUACGCUUUGGGAGCUGGAUGCUUUGGGCAAGCCCCGUUCGACCUAA